AUGCAUCUCGCUCGCUGCGCCGCCUUAAGAGGCCCCGAAAUAGCUGGGGGGGGGGGCUCCGCGGGGAGUCGGCGAGCCUCUGGGAGAGCCCGCAUAUGCUGGAGAAAGGUGCGUUCGGCCCUGACCGGACAGAGGCGUGGCAGUGACGCCGAGGCCGCAGCCUGGGUAAUGGCUGCGAGGUCCAGGGACGCCGCGUCGCUCCUGCGUGAUGGACUUUUGACAGUGAAAGUGGAGGAAGACUUACCUGGAGAUCAAGAAGACGACCCGCCCGGGGGCUGGAAGGGCCCGGAAACUUCUCGACAGCGCUUUAGGCAGUUGCGUUACCAGGAGAUGGCUGGACCGGAAGAAGCGCUGGACCGACUCCGAGAACUUUGUCGUCGGUGGCUGAGGCCCGAGAUGCACUCGAAGGAGCAGAUCCUGGAGCUGCUGGUGCUGGAGCAGUUCCUGACCAUCCUGCCCGAGGAACUGCAGUCCUGGGUGCGGGAGCACUGCCCGGAGAGCGGGGAGGAGGCUGUGGCCGCGGUGCGGGCUCUUCAGAGAGCCCUUGACAGGACCUCGCCCCAGCUGCUGCUGGACCAAACAAAGGCAAAGCUAACUAGUUUUACUCAUCAAAAACAUACCGUGCAGCAGGGGAUGGUGAUGUUUGAAGACAUGGCUAUGGCUCUAACCUGGGAGGAAUGGGAGCAUCUGGACCCAGCUCAGAAAGACUUCUGCAGGGAGAGCACACAGAAGGAAUACGGGAGCACAGUCCCGCUCAGUUUGGAGAACACACCUGAGAACAAACAGUUGAUUCUAAAGCAAGAGAUAUUAGAAGCUGAGCCACAGGGGUGGCUACAAGAAGUGUUCCAAGGGAAGUCCCCCCUGUUUUCUGAGCAUGGUGAUACCCAUGAGGACAGACUAGAAAAGCAAUCAAGAAACCCUUCAACAAUGAAACUUGGAAAUUCUCCUGAAGGGCAAGGACUUACCAGCAUCUCAGAUCUCAACAUAAAUGGUUCCACAGAAGGGAGAGACUCUAAAAAUAAUGAAUUUGGGAAUGGUGCCAGAUGUUCCAACUUUGUUCUUUGUCAGCACAUUCAGAAAGCAGAGAGGCCCAUUGAUGGUGACGAACAUGGGAACAAAUGCAAACAGAGUUUAGAUAUAGUAAGACAUCAUGUGGUGAAACCUCACAAGUCUACUGACAGUGGAGAAAAUGCCCAUCGUUCAAGGCUAUGUGAGAAACAGACGUGGUUCCGUGAAGAAAGACCUUAUAAAUGUGACAUCUGUGAGAAGAGUUUCAAACAACGUUCUGACCUCUUUAAACACCAGCGAAUCCACACAGGCGAGAAACCCUAUAUAUGCCAAGAAUGUGAGAAAAGCUUUAGUCAAAGUGCUGCCCUGAUUAAACACCAGAGGACACACACAGGUGAGAAGCCUUAUACCUGUCCAAAAUGUGGGGAAUGUUUUAGACAGAGUUCACAUCUAAAUCGGCAUCAAAGAACCCACAGUGGAGAGAAAUAUUAUAAAUGUGAGGAAUGUGGGGAAAGCUGCCAUAUUUCCAGCCUUUUUAGACAUCAGAGACUACAUAAAGGGGAGAGACCCUAUAAGUGUGAAGAAUGUGAGAAGAGCUUCAAGCAGCGCUCUGACCUCUUUAAACAUCAGAGAAUACACACUGGGGAGAAGCCUUAUGGAUGUUCUGUCUGUGGGAAAAGCUUCAGUCAGAGUGCAACCCUCAUUAAACACCAGAGAACUCACACUGGAGAAAAACCUUAUAAAUGUCUUGAAUGUGGGGAAAGAUUUAGACAAAGUACACACCUUAUCCGACACCAAAGAAUCCAUCAAAAUAAAGUCCCAUCAUUUUGAUAUGC